UUCCCAACUCGGCAGCUCGCUCUCCGUUCUAGAUCACCGUGUACGACCAAGAAAACUUCCAGGGCAAGAGGAUGGAAUUCACUUCGGCCUGUCCAAACAUCAUGGAGUGCGGCUUCGACAACAUCCGCUCCCUGAAGGUGGAGUGUGGCGCCUGGGUCGGUUACGAGCACACCGGCUUCUGUGGGCAGCAGUUCAUCCUGGAGAGGGGAGAGUACCCGCGCUGGGACGCCUGGAGCGGCAGCAACGCCUACCACAUCGAGCGCCUGAUGUCCUUCCGCCCCGUCUGCUCCGCUAAUCACAAGGAAUCCAAGAAGAUCCCCAUCUUCGAGAAAGACAAUUUCAUCGGCCGCCAGUGGGAGAUAAGCGACGACUACCCCUCGCUGCAGGCCAUGGGCUGGGCCAACAACGAAGUGGGCUCCAUGAAGAUCCAGUGCGGCGCCUGGGUUUGCUACCAGUAUCCCGGGUACCGUGGCUACCAGUACGUCCUGGAGGCUGACCACCAUGGAGGAGACUACAAGCACUGGAGAGAGUGGGGUUCGCACGCCCAGACCUCCCAGAUCCAAUCCAUCAGGCGUGUCCAGCAGUAGCUCCCCAUCUUCCAGUACAUCUGCAAGGUUUCUAAAGCUCACCGGCUCCCUUUUGGUGCUAAUACUCCCCUCCCGAAAUAACCACCCCUUCUUGUACUGCAACUGCUUAUGGAACAACACUCCCAAACGGUACCAACUGCCACAAAUUGCCAAUAAAUGUGACUGAAAGAAAAAGAUAAA